UAUAGAGUACUGAGUCAAGUUUAUAAAAAUACAAGUUAGUCCUCAAUUGAUAAAUGGUCAAAGAAUAGGAACAGCCAGUUUUCAAGCAAAGAAAUCAAAGCUAUCUAUAGUCAUCUUUUAAAAAUGUUCUAAAUCACUAUUGAUCAGAGAAAUGCAAAUUAAAACAACUCUGAGGUACUACCUCAUACCUAUCAGAGUGGUUAAUAUGACAAGAUGUUGGAUGUUGGAAGGGAUGGGGAAAAACUGGGACACUAAUGCUCUGUUGGUAGAGUUGUGAACUUAUCCAGCUAUUUUGGGGAACAAUUUGGAACUAUACCUAAAAUAAAACUGUGCAUAAUCUUUGAUCCAGCAAUAUCACUUUAAGUCUAUGUCCCAAAGACAGCAAAAAGGGGAGAAAGUACAUAUUUGUACAAAAAUAUUUAUAGCAAUUCUUUUUGUGGUGACUAAGGACUGGAAACCAAAGAGGUACCCAGCAAUUGGAGAAUGACUAAACAAACUGUGAUUGUAAUGGAAUAUUAUUGCACUAUAAAAAAUGACAAAUAGGAUGAUCUCAGAAAAACCUGGAAAGAAUUACAUGAUGUACUUUACUGAUGUAAUGUGAAGUGAACAGAACCAAGAGAAUGUUACCCACAAUAAUAGCAAUAUUGUUCGAUGAAAGAACUGGGAAUGACUUAGCCAAUCUCAGCAAUACAAUGAUACAAAACAAUCCCAAAGGACUAGUGAUGAAGCAUUGUAUCCGCUCCCAGAAUUGCCUCAAUAUUGAUGGAAUAUAAACGGAAACAUGCUAUUUUUAUUUUCUAUUUUCUAUUUUUUAUAUUUUAUUUGAGCCUUUUUGUACAAAAUGACUAAUAUGGAACUAAUCUUGCAUAACUGCAAACAAAAAUAAAGUCCCCUUUUGGUUCCAAAUCUAGUUUUGAUGGGAGAUUUUUAGGCAUUGCUGGUAGAACUAUUUGGGGGGUAAGAGGCUCAGUGGAGAUGGAAGGAAAGAGAGGGAAUCUUCUCUUCCUCCUCUCUGAUCUCCUGAUCAGCCAGGACAUGGAUGACUUUAGUCCUUUAGGCAGAGAAGAAUUCCAGUGGUGAUGGUCUCUGGAAAUUGUGAUGUUGUGAAAAUCUCCUCCCUUUGGUCAGUUGAUUCCCCGAAUCCCAAAUUCAGGAACUCAAAAUAUGUGAGCUAAAAGUGAAGACUAAAGGCAAUCAUUUCUCAGAAUUACUAAUUACUGAUCUGUGCCCAGAAAGGAAAAGAAAAAAUCAGAAAGAGUCCACAAGUUGAGAUCUCUAGAAAAUACUAGCCCCAGAUUAUGAAUUAACACAUGUCUCCCAUGACCAUUUGCUUCUGCUGUUGCCACCUGCUGGUCUUCCUUACCUUGUUUUCCUCUGUCAGGAACUACAAGGAAGAGAAAGUACUUGGAAAGUGUCCAGAAGAGAUUAAGGGAACUGUUUCUCCUCAGAACUAUUAGAGACUAAGAGAUCAUUUUGAUUAUGUAAAAUUAAAAUAUUUUUGAACAAGCAAAAGCAAUGCAACCAAAAUUAUAAAGCAAGCAGAAAACUGGGGGAAACUUUCUAGAUCUAGACCCAGUCAACCAAUCAAUAUACGAUUCCUCCACCACCAAGGACUCAUCAAGGGAGCUCAUGGUAUCCUCUCGACUGGGUACACAGGCCUUGGCAAGGUGACAAGUGAACCCGUACAGUUCUAUAAAAGAUGCUCUGUGCUAACAAAAACAUACACUGUUCUCUCAGGUGCAUCGAAUCUUCUUCCCACAUGGAGAAAAGUGUAACCAAGCAGCAUGAUACAGUAGUCUUGGAUUCAGAGGGAUCUGAGUUCAAAUAUUUCCACUUCCAGAUCUAUGAUCCUAUAAAAUUUUGACAGACUAUUUCUAGCAUCAGUGAUAGAGGGAACAUGAAAGGAAGGUGCUUGGAGAAAUAGAAGUCUUCCCUCCUUCCUCUCCCACUGUGGAAUAUUUUGGAUAAUCUGCUCAUUGUGGAAGAAUCCAUUUUUUUUUUUGCCCUGUCACCAUAGUACUGACUCUGUGAGGUCACAUGGGAGCCGAGUCCGAAUCUUGGCUCUGCUGAUCUUGCCUGUGUAACCUUGGACACGUCCACUCCCCUCUCUGAGUGUCCCUCAUUUCAUCUGUAAGAUGGAGCAGUUGGGCUACAUGAUGUCUGAAGUCCCUUCCACUUUUAGAUCUUAAUCAGGAAUCAAUAAGCAUUGAUUGAGCAUUUGCUGUAUACCAGACUGGAGAUUCAAGGACAAAAAUGACACAUCUCACAUUGAGAAACUAAUCUUCUGUUAAGGGAGGAGAGCUGCCCUUUUAUGAUCAUACACAGAAUAAAUGCAAACGAUGUGUUUCUUUUAUAACAAGUGAUCACUGAUUGAUUUGGGCUGGACCUGGUUGGAUUCCUGCCUCUGACCACUAGGCUGUGUGCUCCUCUGGCCACAGUCAGCAGAGGGCGUCCGCUCUUUCAGAAGGGCCGGCCCAAGCUGGGAAGAAGACCACAGACCUGGUUUACAAGAUGAAGUCAUGACAGCUUCUUCUUGGCGGGCUCUCCUCCCUGACUCUGACAGGCUGCCAAGCCACGAGACUUUACCUCUCAGCAGGGGCCCUUCUGCCUUCCCUGGCACCAGGAGCAAGGACCCUGAUCCUUGGGGGAAGCAGGAGAGGGAAAAGCCUCUCUGAGCACUUCUGUCUCCCCCCCCCCCACCAGAUUUGUAGCCAUCAAUGAUCUCAUAGGUGAUAGAGAGGAAACCACCCCCAUCAGCCCUUGGAGGCGUGAGAGCUCGGGCUUUGCUGAGUAUUGUUGGCCCAGUUUCUUCGGGCUCCAGUCAUCCCUGGGCGUUAUCUGAGUUAUCUGAGUGAGAACAGCUGUCCCAUCCUGGGAGGAGCUCCCUGCCACCGGCCCCUCUCUCUCAGGAUUCCCACAGUCAAACCCCAGGUUUCUGCGUGAAUGAACGUAUCCGACACCUGCAACUCGGCACUCAGCUCCCCGGCAGAGGCGUACAUCUACAUGACUUUCUACGGCCUCCUCUUCCUCUCUGGGCUCACCCUCAACGUCCUGGCCCUCUGGGUCUUCUGCUGCCGGAUGAAGAAGUGGACAGAGACACGGGUGUACAUGGUCAACCUGGCCGUGGCGGACAGCGGCCUGGUCCUGCUCUUCCCCGUGGUCAUCUACUUUGCCCGGGCCGGCUGCCUCGAGUCCCUCUCCUGUCAGGUGCCCCAGGGCAUCUACCUGGUCAACGCGUACAUGAGCAUCAGCAUCCCCACGGCCAUCGGCGUGGACCGCUACUUGGCCAUCAGGCACCCGCUGAAGGCCAAGGUCCUCCGAACCCCGGGCCGGGCGGCCAUCGUCUGCGUCUUCCUCUGGGUCGGGGUCAUCGGCAUGUUGAGUUUCCGGGUCAUGUGGCAGCUCCAUGACGACGCCUUCUGCUUUUGGAAGAUGUCGAAGAUCCACGUGUCCAUGGUGGUCUUCUCCCUGCUGGGCUUCUUUCUCCCCCUGGGGAUCCUGGUCUUCUGUACGUUCCAGAUCGUGGGCAGCCUCUGGAGGGCGCAGAGAAGAGAGCUGUCCAGGGUCAGGCAGGUCCGCAAGAGCGUGUACAUGGUGCUGGCCAGCCUGCUGGUGUUUGUCGUCUGCUUCCUGCCCCUGCAUGUGACGGUCCUGCUGAACUUCUUCCUGGGGCCCAUCGACAAGUUCCGAAAGGUUUUCGUGAUCGUCACUUUUCUUGCCAACACCAACUGCUGCCUGGACGCCGUCUGCUACUACUUUGUGGCCGAGGAGUUCCAGGAAAUGACUCCUUUCUUCUGCCUCCGGUGGAAGCGACCCAGAGCUGGGGCCCCCCAGGACCGGACCACGUGCACGACCCUGAUGUAAGCCAGGUCUGCCGCCCCCUGGCUCGGCGAUGACGGAGGCUGGAUUUCCCUCCCGUGGCUCCCCAGCCCCUUCAGCCCUUAGUAUCACGGCCCUCCCCUCUCCAGGUGGAAACCCUGACUCCUGGCUGGUCAGGGAACCCCUGCUGCAAGGGGGACCCUAAGGCAGCAGCUGCCACAAAUCUGUCUAGAAGGAUGGACUCCAGAGCCUGAGAACCUGGGAUUCUUCUCCUAAGCUGAAUGGGGGAAGGAUGCUACGGAGCAGCCGUCAGGGGCCGGGGCCAGGUAAUGGGUGACAGGCUGGACUAGCAUGUGCACGGAGACUCUACUCUUAGCUUGGCUUUUAUCUGAUUGGUCUGCAGGAAGGGGGAAGAGCACAGUGGACCCCAGAAGGGGGCGGCUCCACCCACAGCAGUCUGGGGGGACCCCCCAUGUCCGUGUAUCUUCCUCCUAUCCCACCCUCUGGCCACUGCUCCGGUCUCUCCCAUGGCUCUGGAGCCGGGCUGAUCAGCCAGCGCUCACUAUGUCUCCCCAACACCAGCCACUUCCCUGCCAUCUUCCUGGUUUAUCUGGCCCUGCCCCCUGUCGACUUUGCUGCAGGAUCAGUAAGUAAAUCAACACUACUGUCCCUUCCAGAAGGAGUUUGUCACUGGCUAUCCCAUAUCACCUUCCAUGUUUUUGUUUUUAAAUAAUUAUUUCCCCAGUAAUGAACACAGUGGCUAGCUCAUAGUAAAUGCUUAAUAAAUGCUUCUAGUUUGUUCA